AUGUCGGCAUCUGAGAUCGCGCGCGGUACAAAGACAUACAGACGAACGACAUAUCCUGCCAUCGAUGCCACCCAGACGUCACUUUCCACCAAGGGCAAGUCAGCCGUGGUGACUGGUGCAGGUCAAGGCAUUGGCGCAAAUAUCGCGCACUCACUGGCUCAGCUAGCGAAGCUCGCGCCCGAGUGUAACAUCUUCACUUAUACCGUCGACAUUGUGGAUGAAAAAGCUGUCGAGAAGGGCUUUGUGGAUUUCGUCGCUGAUAUGGGUGGAGAGCGACCUAUCGAUGUGUUAAUCGCCAAUGCAGGAUAUAUGGCAGAUCUCGGUUCACUUGAUAGCGUUGACGUAGACGAUUGGUGGAAGGGCUUUGAGAUCAACGUCAAGGGAAACUUCCACCUCCUACGCGCGUAUCUCAAAUAUGCCCCAUCCGGAAGCGAGGGCCGUCAAGGAUCCGUGAUCCACGUGUCGUCGUCUUCCAUGCACGGCCCCUACAUUCCCGAGUUUUCGAGUUAUCGCGCUUCCAAAGCCGGCGCUACGAAGCUAUUUGAGCUCUACGGGAACGAACAUCCGGAGAUGUUUGUUCUGCAAAUUCACCCAGGGCUGAUUGGAGGCACGGAGAUGCAUUCCAAGUUCAGUCAUAUGACGGAGGGCCUGGAGUUUGAUGACGAAACGCUUGCUGGUGACUUCAUCGUCUGGUCGCUCAGCCCAGAGGCUCGAUUCCUGAAUGGACGGUUUGUUCAUGCGAACUGGGAUGUCGAUGAGUUGAAAGAGAAGAAAAAAGAAAUAUUGAAAAACCCCGAUAUGUACACAAUCGGACUGGUUGGCUGGUGA